AUGUCAGGUGGAAAUAAAAAGCUCUCAGAUUUAUCCAAUCUAUCUAUCUUCUCCUCUUCGACUACUUAGAGCUCUUAAAGUGAUGAAGUAAACACUCCAAAAUGGUUCUAAAAUUUAUGGGGAAGAACCCCAAGACAAACUACCAAUUAGUCAAAAGAUAUUGAGCUGGGAGCAGUCUCAUCAAGCGGAAGCUCAGGCGACAAGACUCCUUCAAAUUUCUGGCAAUCUUGGAAAAAGCAAGAAAUAGAAUCAAAUCCUUAGCCAAAUCAAUUACAAAAUAAUAUCAUCAGCUCUUUUAAAUCAAAAAUUCAAGGGGCUCAGUAAAAAAUUGGCUAGCAGGUUGAAUACCAGAGAAACUAUCCGAUAUUUGUGAUAAUGUUCUUCUUUGGAAUAGGUUUAAUUGCUCUUUCGUUCUUUUUACUCCCUUACUUUGUUAUUGCUCCUAUGAAGUUCUCAAUGCUUCUUAAUCUUGGUUCACUUUGCAUUCUGGGCUCGUUUGGAUUCCUUAAAGGAUUUUACAACUAUUUUGUUAUUGAACUGCUUUGUGGUCCAAGAAGAAUUUAUGCAAUAGGUUAUAUUCUAUCAAUAGUCCUGAGCGUCUACGCCUCUGUAGUCAGAAAAAUUUUACUCAUGACAAUGUUUACUCUGAUUAUUGAAAUAGUGUUUCUACUGUACUUCAUCUGCUCAAGUUUUCCAGGAGGCAGAACUGGCUUAUCUUAUAUCUUUAAGUUUGUAAGAGCAGGGUGUAUUACCUGUUUCAAGAAGGUUUUGCAUUUAUGA